AUGUCUAAAAGACCAGAACAUCAGGCACCCCCUGAAAUUUUCUAUAACGAGGAUGAGGCCAGAAAAUAUACACAGAACUCGCGUAUUAUGGAAAUUCAAGCACAGAUGACAGAAAGAUGUUUGGAAUUGCUGUUAUUACCUGAAGAUACACCAUGCCUUCUUCUAGACAUAGGAUGUGGAUCCGGACUAUCUGGGACAGUGCUGGAAGAAAAUGGCCAUAUGUGGAUUGGCAUGGACAUAUCUCCAGCUAUGCUUGAUGUAGGAAGAGAAAGAGAGACAGAAGGAGAUGUGGUCCUGUCAGACAUGGGUGAAGGAGUACCUUUUAGAGCUGGUUGUUUCGAUGGAGCUGUAUCUGUAUCUGCUCUACAGUGGCUGUUUAAUGCAGACAAGAAAUCCCACAAGCCAGUCAAGCGAUUGUACCAGUUCUUUAGUUCAUUAUAUGCAUCACUAUCGAGAUCAGCAAGAGCAGUGUUCCAAUUCUAUCCUGAGAAUGAAACCCAAAUGGAACUUCUAACAUCACAGGCAAUGAAAGCGGGCUUCUAUGGAGGUGUAGUUGUUGACUAUCCAAACUCUGCAAAAGCUAAGAAGUUUUUCUUAGUUUUGAUGACUGGAGGAUCUGCACCUUUACCCCAAGCAUUAGGGACUGAUGAAAGUGAUAACCUUCAAAUAAAAUAUGCUAAAAGAGAAGCAACAAAAAAUAUAAGAGGCAAACCUGUAAAAAAUACAAGAGCUUGGAUCAUAGAGAAAAAGGAAAGGCGCAGGAAACAAGGCAAAGAAACAAAGGCUGAUACGAAGUACACAGGCAGGAAAAGAAGUGGUCGCUUCUAA